AUGUCAGUUUUCAGAAUAAACUGUGGAUAUCAGAACUACGAUUGGGGCAAAGUCGGCUCCAGCUCUGCUGUGGCUCAAUUUGCAAGCACCUCAGACCCUUCUAUCACCAUUGACGAGAAAAAGCCAUAUGCUGAAUUGUGGAUGGGUACCCAUCCAUCGGUUCCUUCAACCGUUGUGUCUGGCGGCAAGUCCGGCCAGACUUUGCGGGACUUGGUUACCGAAGAUCCUUCGAAGCACCUUCAUGCCUCAAUUGUAAAGAAAUUUGGUGCUCAACUUCCAUUUUUGUUCAAGGUGUUGUCAAUCGAAAAGGUAUUAUCGAUUCAAGCUCAUCCUGAUAAGCAGUUGGCCAAACAGCUUCACACCAACGACCCCAAGAACUACCCUGACGACAACCACAAGCCGGAAAUGGCCAUUGCCGUGACUCUGUUCGAAGGUUUCUGUGGUUUCAAGCCACUUUCCGAGCUCGCCAAGACAUUGAAAACCGUGCCUGAAUUGACUUCUGUGAUUGGCGAUUUGUUGGUUGAGGAAUUUUGCAAUGGUAUUACCCCAGAUGCAACCGCUGGAUCUCAAGAGGACGUAGAGAACCGUAAGCUUCUUCAAAAAGUGUUUGGCAAAUUGAUGAACACUGACGAUGCCACCAUCAAUGCUCGCGCUGCCGAAUUGGUCGAACGCACCAAGUCCCAGCCUGAGGUGUUCACUGCGAUUUCUCCAAAGUUGCCAGAAUUGAUACAGCGCCUCAAUAAGCAGUUUCCCAACGAUAUCGGUCUCUUUUGCGGAUGCCUUUUGUUGAACCAUGUUAUUCUUGCACCAGGUGAAGCCAUGUUCUUGCAAGCAAAGGACCCCCACGCAUACAUCAACGGAGAUAUAAUCGAAUGUAUGGCUGCUUCGGACAACGUGGUACGUGCUGGAUUUACCCCCAAAUUCAAAGACGUGAAAAAUUUGGUGGAUAUGUUGACCUACUCGUACGACUCGGUCGAGAAACAGAAAAUGCCAUUACUUCCAUUUGCCAAGUCUUCCGGUGAUGCUAAGUCAGUGCUCUACGACCCACCAAUUGAAGAGUUUGCCGUGUUACAAACCUUGUUCACUGAAGCUAACCAGUUGCAACACUUUGAUAAGUUUAACGGCCCAUCGAUUCUCAUUGCAACCAAGGGCCUGGGUUCGAUUGUGGUGCAAGGUUCCAAGCAAGAAGUCAAAAAGGGUUACGUUUACUUUAUCGGCCCAGGGGCUGAAGUUGAUCUUCACUCUUCCGAGCCCGAGUUCACCACUUACAGAGCAUUUGUAGAGGUAUAA